AUGGACAGGAAACGACGACCUGAUGGCGAGCAUGAGAAGGGAGCAGCUGGAAUAGGCCGGGACGUGACCAAGGAAGAGUCGGAGGAUGAGGAGGAGGACGAGGACGAGGAUGAGGAGGGCGAAUACGACGAGGACGGCAUUGAGGAUUCCAUCUUCAUACCCAUGACCUGGGCGAAAGAACAGCCGCGAGAAUACUACAAAGGCUCUGAUCCCGAAUGGCGAGAAUUUAUGAAGUUUGCUAGAGACGGAAAAAGACAGACGGGGGCACGCGAACAACUAGUGUCUCGGGUGCGGACUGAGGUGAGCCGGCAUCCUUUGUUGAAGCGGACUCUUGGGCAGAUUGACGAUCGAUGGAACAAUUACUGGAUACAUUUCUAUUACCCACCUGGGCCUCCACCUCAAUAUGAACGGAGCGGAAUUGAGGUUAUAUUUCUCGAGGACGACGACGUCGUAAUUGCUUGGUCGACAAGGGCUGUAGAGCUGAAAGACCAACGACGUCUUGAGACGUUUCUAUAUCCCACCGGCGCCAUGAACGCUUUCUACAUAAUCGGGUCGAGUCUGACGAAGAAAUACUGGAUGCAGUUCAAGGGCGUGUUUGGCAACAAGCCCCCGCCGGAUGCUUCCAUGUCUACACUCGAUCAAGGGCUUCAAGAAUUGAAAAGAAUCGAUGGUCGUAUCGCAGGGUCUGGAGAUGCUCCUGCUGAACAAAGUCCUGGACAAUCGCCGGGACAGCCUGCAGGAAAAUCGCCAGGGCAGCCUCCAGGCGCGCUGGUACCACCGAACGUAGACGGGCCUUCGAUUCCGCGGCAGCAAGCCGUUCCACUAUUCUCAACAUUCGCUCGACACUUUGUAGAAGGCACAAGGGCACCCAGAUCGGAAGCGCCGCGGGGCACUGUCGUCUUAAGGGGCACCGUAGAAGUUGUCGGGAAUAAAUCUGUAGUCAUCAGUCAAGUCAUUGGUGUCUACGAUCCGAAGCAGAACAAUUUAAGGUCGGUCAAUAUCAAGAUCCAGGAUAUACGGCCUAGAUCAUUGCGGCCACGAGGAGGCCCAUGAUGAUGGUUAACAUUUGUCCCCAUACAGCAGACGUUUGAACGGC